AUGACAAGUCUUUCAUAUGAUGUCAUUGUGGUCGGGGGCGGCAACGCAGCCCUCGUUGCUGCGCUCUCUGCUCACGAAGCUGGCGCCAGAACCGCCAUCCUCGAAGCAGCUCCCAAAGCUUACCGUGGCGGAAAUAGUCGUUUUGCGUCUGCCGCAUUCAGGAUCAUCCACAAUGGCAUGGAGGAUAUUGAGCCGCUGAUUCACCCAGAUUGGAAAUAUCUGGCCAAGCGCGCAAGGCUCGUGCCCUUCACCAAGGAGCGAUAUGCAAAUGAGAUGUUGGAGACUUCUCGCGGUCACUGCGAUAAAGAGGCAAUGCAUGUCAUGUUUGAUCAUUCCUAUGAUACUGUAAAGUGGAUGCGCGACCAGGGAGUGCGAUGGAAGCUUGCACUCAGCAAGUUCUUCAGCGAAGAUCAAAUCACACAAGAUGUUGUGGACAUCAACCCAGGGCUUUGUUUAAUUGCCGAUAACGAAGGCAUUGGUCUGACCGACAAUCUCUGGGCGGCUGUAGAGAAGAGCUCCAUUGAUGCUCACUACUCUUCUCCUGCUUAUGAUCUCAUUACCAAUGGCGCCAACAUCCUCGGAGUUCGCGCACGCCAGAAGGACGGCUUUGUCGAUUUCAAGGGCCAGGUCAUUCUGGCAUGUGGUGGCUUCGAAGCAUCGCCCCGCCUUCGUCGUCAGUACCUUGGGCAGGGGUGGGAUCUCGCUAAAGUCCGUGGAUGCCGCUAUAAUACGGGCACCAUGAUCGAGAAUGCCAUCUCUCACGGAGCACAAGCUACAGGCCACUGGGGCGGUUGUCACGCUGUUCCCGUCGACCACAAUGCCCCCGCGAGAUUUGUGAAUGAGGGCGAAAACACGUCCGAGCUCACUUACGCUGCCAUUGGAGAGCAGAUUGCCAAGCAGAAAGAAGCAGUCGCAUUCCAGAUCUUCGACCAAAAAGUUCUCAAGACUUUGGAGCCGCGUUACUCGACCGCCACGCCUGUGGUUGAUGAUACUUUAGAGGGACUUGCUCAAAAGCUUGGCCUGAAUGUAAAGCAAUUUGUUGAUACGGUUCGAGAAUUCAAUGCCGCAGUGCCAAAGACGGGCCAGUUCGACCCUUUCCACUUGGAUGGUCUGUCUACAGGAACAAAGCUGGCUAUCCCCAAGACCAACUGGGCCCAGGCGAUUGAUCAAGGCCCUUUCGUUGCAUACGCUGUUACAUGUGGUAUUACGUUCACAUACGGUGGCCUCAAGACCGACCCCUACGCUCACGUUCUCAACAAUGAAGGAGAGAAGAUGCCUGGUCUCUCGGCCGUCGGUGAGAUCAGCGGAGGUUUCUUCGCAUUCAAUUACCCUGGCGCUGCGGGUCUAGUCAAGGGUGCAGUGUUUGGCCGACUGGCUGGUCAAGCUGCGGCGAGAAGGGCAAAAGAUCAGAAUAGGGCCUAGGUGGCAAAUAUUAUCCAAUGGACAUCGAGACUGUAAAGAAGCGCCAUUAGUUUAGACAAAAUUAUAAAUGCAUUCU